GUGUGUGUGUGUAUGCUUCAAAUCUUUACCAUUGCUGGCCCUUGUAUCUCCGCCUUCUCGUUCUGCAGGAAACUUUAUUUCCUACUUCUGCACACCAAGUUUCUACCUCCAGAUCUGCCUGGUGCUGUGGCUGAGAAGCCUGACACACCCGUGUCCCCGGGGAGCAGCCAUCCACUGAACAGGAGACUGGUGGGCCCAGACCCUUUUCCCUGGUUCACCCACAACCAUGCUGCCUACGGCGCACUCCCUGCUGAUGGACAGCAUCCUUAGCAGCCCUGAGGAAGCCACUACCAUGUACGACUAUGAAUACAACCUGCCCUGUCACAAGUUAGACGUGAAAAUGUUUGGAGGCCUGAUCCUGCCCCCGCUCUACUCGCUGGUGUUCAUCCUGGGCUUAGUGGGCAACCUGCUGGUCAUCCUCACCCUGGUCAACUGCAAGAAGCUCAAGAGCAUGACUGACAUCUACCUGCUCAACCUGGCCGUGUCCGACCUGAUGUUCCUGUUGACACUCCCUCUGUGGGCUCACUAUGCUGCCCACGGGUGGGUUUUUGGAGAGGCCCUGUGCAGGUUAUCUAUAGGGCUGUACCACCUGGGCUAUUUUAGUGGCAUCUUCUUUAUCAUCCUCCUGACCAUCGACAGGUACCUGGCCAUCGUGCACGCUGUGUUUGCUUUAAAAGCCAGGACAGUCACCUUCGGGGUGGUGACCAGCGGGGUCACCUGGGUGGUGGCUCUGCUGGCCUCUGUACCCGGAAUCCUGUUUACCGAAUUCCAAGAGGAAAAGUCUCAUUAUACCUGCGGUUCCAAUGUUCCUUUCAGAUGGAAGAAUUUCCACACAGUCAUGAGGACUGUCUUGAGCCUGAUCCUGCCCCUGCUUGUCAUGGUCAUCUGCUACUCAGGGAUCCUCAGGACACUGCUUCGUUGUCGCAACGAGAAGAGGCGGCACCGGGCUGUGCGGCUCAUCUUCGCCAUCAUGAUCAUCUAUUUCCUCUUCUGGACUCCCUACAACAUCGUCCUCCUCCUGAACAACUUCCAGGAGGCUUUUGGUCUGAACAACUGUGACAGCAGCAGCCAACUGGACCAAGCCAUGCAGGUGACAGAGACGCUGGGCAUGACGCACUGCUGCAUCAACCCAGUGAUCUACGCCUUUGUUGGGGAGAAGUUCCGCAGGUACCUCUCGACGUUUUUCCGAAAGCACAUAGCCAAACGCCUCUGCAAACAGUGUCCGGUCUUCUAUCGGGAGGCAGCGGAUCGAAUGAGCUCCACAUACACCCCCUCCACCGGAGAGCAGGAAGUCUCAGCUGGCCUCUGAGGAGCAGUGGCCUCUGGCUCUUUUUAAAAGCCUCAAGGGCUUUUUGAAGAACAGAGACCCAUAGGGGACAAGAGGUUCAGGGU